AUGCUAACUCGGUGUGGGACAACAGCCAAUCCCAACCUCCAGCAGACCCAGCGUCCACCCAAGAAAGAAAGAAAUCAAGAAACAGUUCCAUGCGGAAAAAGCAACACCACUCUCAGCAACUCAACACAGACUUCAGAAACACUGACUUCGCCUUAUUACCCAAACAACUAUCCCGACUAUUCCCGGUGCAUUUGGUUCAUCACAGUUGAUAAAGGCUCUGCGAUUGCCUUCCGUUUCUCCGUGUUUAAUACGGAGCGAUUUUACGACACGUUGACCAUUGGCAACGGCCACGAGUCCUCCGAUGGUGACUCAGUUAUUGGUCUUUGGAGCGGUUUCCUGACGAAUCUAUCCGUCGUUUCCAAUAACCACACGGCAUGGAUGAAGUUUACCAGCGAUUAUUCGGUAACCGAGGUCGGAUUCGAGGUAAAGAUCACUCAAGAAAGACCUGAAGGUUCUUGUGGACAGGAUGAAUUUGCAUGCCAGGAUGUAUCCUCUGGCUUGAUUUGUUUGGCACGUGACGACACCUGUGAUGGUGAUUACUUUGCACAUUGUCCAGAUGGAUCAGAUGAAUCUAACUGCCGUUUUUGCGGGAAAAGAAACAUCACUCUCAACAACUCAACCCAGACUUCAGAAACACUGACUUCGCCUUAUUACCCAAACAACUAUCCCAACAAUGCCCGGUGCAUUUGGUUCAUCACAGUUGAUGAAGGCUCCACGAUAGCCUUCCGUUUCUCCGUGUUCAAUACGAUUCGAACAUACGACACGUUGACCAUUGGCAACGGCCACGAGUCCUCCGAUGGUGACUCUGUUAUUGGUCGGUUUAGCAGUUUCCUGAAGAGUCUAGCCGUCGUUUCCAAUAACCACACGGCAUGGAUGGAGUUUACCAGCAAUUUUUUUCGAACCGCGAUCGGAUUCAAGGUAAAGAUCACACAAGAAAGUUCUGAAGGUUCUUGUGGACAAGAUGAAUUUGCAUGCCAGGAUGUAUCCUCUGGCUUGAUUUGUUUGGCACGUGACGACACCUGUGAUGGUGAUGGCUUUACACUGUGCCCAGAUGGAUCAGAUGAAUCUAUCUGCCUUUCAUGCGGAAAAAGCAACAUCACCCUCAGCAACUCAACACAGACUUCAGAAAUACUGACUUCGCCUUAUUUCCCAUACGGCUAUCCCAACAAUGCCCGGUGCAUUUGGUUCAUCACAGUUGAUGAAGGCUCCACGAUAGCCUUCCGUUUCUCCGUAUUCAACACGGAGCGAAGAUGGGACACGUUGACUAUUGGCAACGGCCACGAGUCCUCCGAUGGUGACUCUGUUAUUGGUCUUUUUAGCAGUUACCUGACGAGUCUAGCCGUCUUUUCCAAUAACCACACGGCAUGGAUGGAGUUUACCAGCGAUUCUUUGGUAACCGAGAUCGGAUUCGAGGUAAACAUCACUCAAGAAAGAUCUGAAGGUUCUUGUGGACAGGAUGAAUUUGCAUGCCAGGAUGAAUCCUCUGGCUUGAUUUGUUUGGCACUUAACGACACCUGUGAUGGUGAUGGCUUUACACUGUGCCCAGAUGGAUCAGAUGAAUCUAACUGCCUUCCAUGCGGAAAAAGCAACAUCACCCUCAGCAACUCAAAACAGACUUCAGAAAUACUGACUUCGCCUUAUUUCUCAUACAACUAUCCCAACAAUGCCCGGUGCAUUUGGUUCAUCACAGUUGAUGAAGGCUCCACGAUAGCCUUCCGUUUCUUCGUGUUCAAUACGGAGCGAACAUACGACACGUUGACCAUUGGCAACGGCCACGACUCCUCCGAUAGUGACUCUGUUAUUGGUCUUUUUAGCGGUUUCCUGAUGAGUCUAACCGCCGUUUCCAAUAACCACACGGCAUGGAUGGAGUUUACCAGCAAUUCUUUGGUAACCAAGGCAGGAUUUGUGGUAGUGAUCACUCAAGAAAGCUAUGAAGAGCAAAACCACUGGCAUUCCUGA